AUGCCAACUUUAUCCGAGAUGAAAGCUCGAUUCACGGGUGCAAAGAUGAGCGAGGACGGAGGAUUCUACUCUGCGAUUCCUGAAUAUUGUGCAUUCUUUAAAGAGAAGUCGGCGUUGUGCAACGAGUUUAACGCGAGUGUUUUGCUCCUGAGCGGCAAGCUGGACGCUCAGACCCCCCAUGUAUUCGCGGAGUACUUGUUGAAUGAGCUGCAAGGUGACCCAAGCAGUGAAGUCUGCGGGAUGAAGGUACUGGCAUCGUACGUGCGCGGUGGUGGAAGCUUGGAUAAUUUGUAUGUGCAUGAGAUGCCAACGUUUAACGUGAUUAAUCCAGCUACGUAUUUGUACAUGUACUUCGGUACAGACGACGCCUAUGAUGGCGUGUAUAACGCGAGUUUGGUAGCGUAA